AUGAUUCGUCCCAGGCACCGUAUCGGCCUGGCCGUGAGAAACCCUGUGAGCCGUAUGCUGUGGCUCAUUGCCACAGCUCUCAUAAUAAUUGUACCAUCAUUAGACACAUGCAUGGCGGUUUCUAUUGUUUUUCAUAAGCUGGAGACGCCUCUGCAGGGAGAGAGCCUCUUGGAAACAGCAGAACCAGCAGAUUAUGACAUAGAGAGCGGCGCUGACGAGAACCUCAGCUUUAUUCAGUCUGCCAAGCUGGAAAAACUGAAGGAAGUUUACAAAGUGUUGAAGAAAGAAUUUAAGAAGAAACACUCGAAGGAAGAAUUCUUGUUGCUGAAGUACCAUGCCAUGAACAUUGCCCUUAAAAAGGCGAACGAGAAAACAGGAAGUUCAUAA